GUGACGCACAGCGCUCCUUGUGUGCGCGGCAGAGCAUGGCCGUGUGCACUGCCACUGCCGUACAUUCGGUGCAAGGGAAAUUGCACGCAGACCGUAGCAGAGCCUUGUCCACACGGCAGCGGCACAAAAUUUGAAAUUAUACCGGCUCACAUUCCAAAGCUGCUCUUCGAGAAGGUGCUGUCAAAACACCACGUCCCCUACUUCACCUCUGCUGAGGUGUGCACGCUUGUUGAGUGCCCGCUUCUCUUCAAGGACAAGCGGGCACUGCUUGCAUACGUUGUGUACCUCCACCUGCAGAGCCACCCAAGCUUUGUCCAUCAGGUGGCGGCAUGCCGCAGCGAAGAGUUCUUCGCUGUGUUUGUGUGCGGCACGGAGCACGCUGCGAACGGUUUUGCGUUGUUGAUCGGUUCGAGCGUGGUGGUAGGGCUGCAGGGUGGUAGGGCUGCAGGGUGGUAG